CAUAAACGGCGUGUUUCAUUGUGCGUCCAUCGCACUGUCGAAAUGCAGUAGGAACUCGACCAUGCUUGAAUGGCUGUUUGUGAAAUUUCAAAACCAAUGGUUUUCGCUUUUGGAUCUUGACGUAGUUCUCAUUAGGCCACUCAUCUUGACAUCUCUGAAAAAAAGCUGGUAUCCAAUACUCUCUUUUCGCAAAUAUAUCAGUGAACCAAUUGUGUUUAUCCAACAUAUAAUCAGUCAUUAUCGCCGACCAUUUAGUUUCAAACUCGACAGGUUCUAUAUUUUUGUCCCACACAAUUUCAUUCAGCCUCCGUUUGAGUUCGACAUUACUAUUCAACGCAUGUCCAACCUUGUCCCCCAAUUUACUCAUUAUGUGCCACAUGCAAAAACG